GCGGAGGGACGGGGCGCUCCGCAACGGCACGGUGGUGCCGCACCGCUACAUGAUGGCCCUCUACCAGCGCCUCGCCGCCCGACGAGGCGCUGCUGCCCGCCCCGUCGGCACCGUCACCGGCUUCGUGGAGCGGCUGCGGGGCGAUACCUCCCCGUCCGCCCCCGAGCAGCGCUACCUCUUCGACAUCUCCAGCCUGCCCGAGGCGGAGGAGGUGACGGGCGCAGAGCUGCGGGUCCUGCGCUCCCUCCCUGCAAACCGCAGCCUGGCCCUGUCCCCCGAAGGCACCUUCCACCACCUGCUCCUCUCCACCUGCUCCGGCCGGGCCGGCGAGGAGCCCCGGCUGCUGGACUCCAGGGCGGCCGACGUUCUGGAUGCGGGCUCCAGAUGGGAGGUGUUUGACGUCUGGGAAGCGCUGCGAGACCGCAGGGAGAGGCCCCCGCCGGGCAAACUGCUGUGCUUCGUGCUGAGGGUGGUGUCGGAUCGCUCGGGCCGUCUCCUGCCCCCCCGGCAGCUGGGAUUCGGCAAACCCCACCCGCAGCCUCACGAGCGAGCGCUGCUCGUGGCCUUCUCCCGCACCCAGAGGAAGGAGAACCUCUUCAAGGAGAUCCGGGAGAGGAUGAAGGUGCUGGGCGGCCCCCCCCUGCUGGAGCCCCCCGAUCCCGGCCGGGAGGCGUACCCCAAGCGGAGGAAGAGGAGAACCACCAUCGCCGCCCGCUCCGGGGGCAGAGGCCAUGGGAAGAAGGCGAAGACGCGCUGCAGCAGGAAGCCCCUACACGUCAACUUCAAGGAGCUGGGCUGGGACGACUGGAUCAUCGCCCCGCUGGAUUACGAGGCGUACCACUGCGAGGGGGUCUGCGACUUCCCCCUGCGCUCCCACCUGGAGCCCACCAACCACGCCAUCAUCCAGACCCUGAUGAACUCCAUGGACCCGGAGUCCACCCCCCCCAGCUGCUGCGUGCCCUCCAAGCUCAGCCCCAUCAGCAUCCUCUACAUAGACUCCGGGAACAACGUGGUGUACAAACAGUACGAGGACAUGGUGGUGGAGACGUGCGGCUGCAGGUAGCAAUUUCUGCAGCUCUUCCCCGACCCAUCACGCCCCAUUUUAUAUAUAAAUAUAUAUAUAAUAUAUAUAUAUAUAUACAUGCACAUUUUGGUGUGUGCCUUUCCAAGAGCCCCCCGCCCCCAGGGGCUGCCCCGCAGGGAUGGGGAAACCCUCUCUGCUCCUUUCUCAAAGGUUUGGGGCUCUCUUGGCAUCGCCCUCGGGUUGGGGUGGUGGGAGCUUUUCUUUCUGCAUGUAAAGACACCUCUUCAGAGCAUCUGGGGAGAAGCAGAGUCCUGAGCUCCCCAGGGAAGAGCUGCUUUGCUUGGGUUUUUAUUUUUCCAAAUAAUUGCUAUAAAAAGGCCGGGCUUUGCUCCACCUCCCUUUGGCAGCAGCUCCAUCCCUCCCUGCCUGCCCUAAGGGAGCCCGCAUCCUCCGGACAGAGACGUUUAACUCGCAAAAGAGCAGAGCUGAGAGGGCUGCAAGAUGUUAGGAAAUGGGCUUAAACUGUGCCUUCAACCCCAAGAAGCCUGGCAUCAAUUGUGGGAUGCUGUCAGGUGGCUUUCUGUACUGAGCUGCAAGCUUCGUGGCUCUGCUUAGGUCAGCGAUCGGAUUGCUUUGGUUUUGAUGAUUUGGUUUUUGUUGGUGUCCAAGCUGUUGCCUUAUAAAUAUCAGCACUCACCAGCUACAGGAGUUUGCUUUUGGGGAAAUCAAUUCCUGCUGGAAAACUUUUUUUUUUUUUUCUAUCUAGCUCCUCAUCCUCCAUCUCAGAGGUGUCUGAACAGAGGGCAGGCAGCCUCCCAGCCCCAGACCGCUUCCUUGGGCAGGAGAGAACAUCCAGCUCUCACCCAAGCAGCCCCAGCUGGGGCAAUACGACAUCAGCAGGGCUCCCACCCUGCGUAUCACAGCAGAGAGGUACCCCCUGGGACAGUCCCAGUCUCUCCCCAUCCUCAUCCCCAGGGCUCCAACAAACCUCAUCCAACAUCCCUGACAGCUCUCGUUCCAUACCCUUAGCACAGGCAUCAAUCAGAGUGGGGGGAUGCUGGCACCGCGGCGUUCCCGAGCCCACCAUGCUUCCACGUACCUGGCUCUUCAAUCACUGAUGGUCUCCAGGUAGCUUUCCUCACUGCUGAACUUUUUAAUUUUUUUAAAAUGUUUUCACUUUUUACUCCUUUCCUCCAAAUAUUUGCUGUAGAGGUUUGUGGGCAGGUCAGCAUUUAUAUAUACAUACAGCUCCUGACAGCCCCACAAGUGGCCCCCGGCCCCUUCUUGCAGGACACAGAACCACGUCCACGUUGGUGCCCCAGGGAACAAAGUUCUGGCUCCGUCACUGCAGGUUUGCAGCCCGGAUCACUGCAGUAAGUGAAAAUGGGGAGGUCUGGGGACAGCACAGAGGCUGCUGCUGGCGGCGGUGCUGUCUGUGGAUUUGCCCAUGUGGGAAUUAAUUGCCUCUCUCCCCAUUGGGCACCGCUGUUUUUUGGCAGAGAGCUCUUCUUUGGGCAGCCUGAUGUGGGUGGCAGCUUUGCCCAUGGCAGGAGGUUGGAAAUAAAUUAUCUUAAGCCCCCCUCCAACCUACGCCAUUCUAUGAUUCUAUGAUAGGUGAGGCUGGCUCCUGCCAGGGGAUGCUCUCUGGGGUAUCGCUGCCAGGACCCUUUAAAGGCAUCGAAGCCACCCCGUGAAGUGGCAUUCCUGAUCCAUCUCCUCUCUCCUGAGUUGAUUUCUAAGCAGUAUAAAUAGGAGACGAGAGGCUGAAAGCGGACAAAGGUGGAUUCAGUGGACUCGGAAUGAUUUGAAUGGAUAAUUACAGGUUCCCAAUCUGCAGUAUUUAUACAGCCUUUCCAGGAAAAAAAAAGAGAAGGGGAAAAAAAAACCGAAACAGUUUCCAUGCAGAGUAUGUUCUCCUGGAGGAUUUCUCUGACCUUCAGCACCAUUUUUAUCUGCAGGAUGUAAUUACAGCAAAGCUAGAAAUAGCAAGCAUCUGGAAAGGGCCGCGUACCUGUGCUUGGUGCUCCGUCCCCUCCUGCGUGGGGCAGCAAUGGCUUAGGGGAGGGGAAACUGCUCAGACCCAAAAAGCACUGAGCUGGGACUCGGGAUGCGUGGUCAGGCCAAGCCUGGUGCACAGAACCUGUGUGUAAAACCAGAGCCUGUGCUUCCGGCACCGCUUCACUGCGUCCUGGAGACCACAACCCACUGGGGUCCCAAAGCAGGGGCAGAUGGAGCGGCGAUGUCCUCCUGGGCUGUUUGCUGAUGCUUGGCACACCCGAGAGGAAAAGUCUGGCAACCCCAAGCUGCCUUCUGCUCAGAGCCGAGUGCCAGCCGCUUCCGCGUGCGUUCGCACCAUAUGGAUUUUAGCUCACAUCUUGCUCGCGUGGCUCUCGCUGCUGGGGAGAGCAGGGAAGGCCGGCAGUGAUUUAUUGGUCGCACUCCCUUUGCAAAGCAAGCAGCCGCUUCUGCUGCUGGCAGCUUCAGGGCGCUCUCCCACAAACCCCAAGGUGUGUGUUUAGUGGCAUUCACCCUGCCAGCUCCCCCAGAACCGCAGGCAUGGGGAGCUCUCUGCCCCUUCUGUCCUUAAAUGGGUCUCUGGUCAGUAAGAGCGUUGUGCUGUACCACGUUGGUGCACCUACCGUGCUGAAUUUUGCCAUAAGCUGGUCUAACUUGUCCGUGGCAAAACCAGCUGCAGUCAGCCUUCUGAAGCUCCUUUUUCCUUUAAUGCCUUGCUGCAUACACGAGAAUGCACAGUGCUCUCUGAUAUUUAUACUGUAUCAAGAGUUGUCCUGGGUGUUCAAGAAAUGACCAAAAUCUGGAAAUCCUGCUGGUGGAGGUGGACCGACCAAAGAGCCCAUCCUUCAUCUCUGAGGAUGUUUUACAGCCUUAGGAUGUGUAGGUUGUGCUGCUGCUCUCCCCUCUGCUGGCACCACUAUUAGAGCAGUCCUCCUGAAUUUGCUGUGUUGGAAGGAGCCUGGGGGAAGGCACAGGCAGAGUGAUGGACCCAUGUUCAGCUUCUGGCUGAGGUUGCCCAGAGAGGUGGUGGAUGCCCCAUCUCUAGAGACUCCCAAGGUCAGGCUGGAUGGGGCUCUGAGUACCUGAUGGAGCUGUCGGUGUCCUUGUUCAUUGCAGGGGAGUUGGAUUAGAUGGUCUUUGAGGGUCCCUUCCAACUCAGAUGAUUCUAUGAUGACCAGGGUGGGCAGCAGAGCAUUUUCAAGUAUGUUGGUAUUAUACACCUUUAAACCAAAGCUUGAUCUGUUCCCACAAAUGACACCAAAUGAAUCUCAGCCACUCUUCAGAUUAUUUUUCUUGUUGUCUCCACUCUAGAGUUUGUUCUUACAUUGGUGAGCUUGCUUUUCAGUUUUGAUACGUGUUAUUAUUUUGGCUUUUCAGGAUGAGGAGCAUUGGGAUUUGUGACGGCUGGGGAAUGGAGAGCAAGUGAGGAAGGGAAUCAUACCAUAUCAUAGAAUGGUGUAGGUUGGAGGAUACCUUACAGCCCAUACAGUUCCAACCCCCUGAUGUGGGCUGGUUGUGCCGUACCAGAUCAGGCUGCCUAGAGGCCCAUCCAACAUGACCUUGAAUGCCUGCAGAGAGCAACCACAGCUUCUCUGUGCAGCCUGUUUCUGAAGGCUGAGGCCAAACAGCGUGAGUUGCAGACAUGGGUCCGGCAGGCCAUGGGUCUGGCUGGGCUCAAGGUGGAAGGAGGAGAGGUCCUCCUCACACAUUCAAGAGUUUUCCCAAUAGAAGGUGGAAGUGUUUGGGUCUUCUCACUGCUUUGCUGUGUUAUGAACCUUCACUGAUGUCUUCAUUAGCAGAGCAAUAGUGGAAAUACGGAGCCGGUUAGGGCCUGGCCAUUCUGGGUGCUGUGGAAUUGGCUUUGAUCUUGGCUAUGGGGAGAGAUGGCUGUGUUCUCCAUGGUGUUCUUCCAUGGAGAAGCUUUUCUGCUCCCUCAGCUCUACCUUGAAGAAUCAUAGAAUCAUUAUGGUUGGAAAAGACCUCUAAGAUCAUCCAGUCCAACUAUUCACCUACCACCAAUACUGCUCACUAACCACAUCCCUGAGAAGAGAGAGGAGGGGAACAGGAGGAAAAGACCAAGAGCCCCAGCUGAGGGCUGAGGGCUCGCACUGGCUGGGCUGGCAGCUGUGAGGUGUUAGAGAACUUCCAUGGGGCAGGAGAAGGGACGGCACCAGGCUCUGGUAACUGAGGUGGUGCUGAAGUGACAUGGCCUGUUGGCUGUGGUCAUCUGAGGGUGGAGCACCUUCCUCGGGUAGAGAGAGGUGAUCAUGCUGGUUUUAUUCACCCUGUGUGCUGUGAGCAGGUUAACCUGUAGGAUUAAAUAGUGCAUAAAAGAAACGAAGUGCCGGACCUUGGUAAAUCAAGCUCUUGGCCCUGUGGUUUGGGGGCCUGACUCCAAAGGUCCUUCUGUGCAUGGAAGAGCAGCUCUAUUCAUGGUGUUCCCCAGCUUAGAUGCAGCCUGGGGCAAUAUUAGUCCUUGUUAGUCCAAUCUGCUAAAAUACCAUCUCCUGCCCUUGCCCAUUCUUUUUCUGAAGUCAAGUCAAGACUAUCCGGAGCUCUUUUUGUGACAAAAUGAGCCUCUCUGCUGGUCAGUCAUGGUUUUAUUUAUGUCUUAUUUUCUUUGGUUAGAAAGGAAAAUAUCAGUAAAUGAAAAAGGACUCAAGUUUCCAAUAGCCGUAUCUUUAGUAGUUAAUUUUUUUGAAGCAAUACUUGUAUCCCUACGUGUGCCUCUAACCUUUCCAUGUAUUUGUUCAGCUUUGUCAGGUCUGAGUGUGAAAUAUCUCUGAAGAAGAUAGCUCUGUAAGUGAUGGUGUAAAUGCAUUGUUUGUAUGUAUUCUAAAGUUUAAAUAGAUUGUACAUAUUGGACUGUAAAUGAACUGUAAACAGCAAUCUAUAUUUUCUUGAAUAUAUUAUAUAGCAGUAUAUAUUUGUUAAAUAAGUAUUCUUGUAUACUCUUCAAUAACCUUUUUAAUAUUUUGUACAGAUAAGUUUAUUAAAUAUUUUAUUGAUAAAUAGAUCUCGGCAAUAGCUUUUCUUUCUAAGGCUUGUGCCUGUGUGCCAGAACCAGAUGGCUCAUUUCAGAGUACCUUUCCUAAGUCAUAUCGGCUUCCUGGGCUAUUGAAGUUACUAAGGCAAACAGUGAAAAAGCUGUUCAUUUUACAGUGCUUUCCUUGGCAAGCUCAGGUAUUUUAGAAAGGGGAAAAAAAAAAUGGGAUAACACUGAGUGUUUGCAGUGCGUUUCUCAUCAGAAGGUACAUCCCUUUUGUUCCCUGUGUGUUUGAAAACACUUCUCCUGCCUUGACUAGGAGCAACCCAGCUCCAGCCAACCAAGCAGAGUGCUCUCCAUUAACCUGAACAUGAAACUGUAGGGGCUAAGGAGCACUAAAUUAAAGGGGUAAAUAUAACAAGUGGAAGAAUCUCCCCUGUUCACACUGUGCUUGUGACCAUACAAAACCCUUUGGAUGGGUUUGACUUGAGCCCAGGUGCAGAGGGAGCCCAAGGCAAUGGCCUUCCUGAGGAGAGGUUUGUACCCAGUCUACUCACACCUGCUGAAAACAUCCCUGUAGGAAACAAGGAAGAAAUGCUGCAUUUAAAAACCCGGGGAAUGGAAAAAUAUUGGGAAAAAAUGUAGUAGAAAAAUAUUUUAAUUCCAGUUAGAUACCCCUGGUACACAUGGUACACGUCCUACUGCUCUGGAGAUUAGAUAUUACUACAAUAGUAUUAUGUUUAUUAUACAGCUUUUAAUUAAAUAUAUUUUUGCUUUUCUCUCA